AUGAAUCUAAUAUCAACAACAGCACUGGUAGUGCUGUUGACCAUAACAGCAUCCAAUGCCGAUGAGUGGAAUUGGCUCAACAAUGGAGAAUCGUUUUUGGAAGAUCUUGUACGGGAGAAGCGACAGGAAUCUUCUCAGAACUUAACUGAAGUAGCCGAUGAUGACAUCCUAAAUUUCAUUCUGGACAGCGGACGUCAAGGACGCAGCUUAGAAGGAUUCGACGAAGUCUACAGCGAUCCAUCGGUUCAGCAAGCUUUACAGAACUCCGACGAUGUCGAAGCUAGAAACAUAAUCAAGGAAAAACUCUGCGCAUUGGGUCUAAUGCAAUGCGAUGGAGAACUCAUCGAUGGCAGACGACCAUAUCUAAAUCCACAAAAUCUCAUUUACGCUCAACCCGUGGCACUAAGACCAGUUGGACGCCCAAUUGCAACCGUUCCUGUUCGAGGUCCGCCUGGACCACCACCACCACCUCCACAUGGCCCUCAAUAUAUUGGAAAACCUCCACCACCUCCUCCGCAACAAAGGCCUCACCAAGGACCAUAUGGACCGCCACAACCAAUGCCGCCACGUCCACAACAGAAAGUUGGCUUCAGCUCUCAGCAACCUUCCUACAAUGGACCUAAUUCCUUUACAGGUAGCUCCUCUUUCAGUGGAUCCUCUUUUAGCCAAUCCGGUUCCUUUUCACCCUAUCCUCCCAAACCCUUAGGUCCUAUCUACGAAGGCGGUGAAAUCCCAUAUGAAUUUGAAAACCCCAACAAAGGACUCAUCAUCGGUGAUGGAGCUCCCCUUGUAAAACCCGCUGUUGAGCAGCAUAUCCAUCACCACUACCACCAUAUCGAAGGAGGAAAUGCCGAAAAACCCGUUAUUGUUAAUAAUCCGGUUCCCCUUUCUUCAGGAGUGAUCACCGGAUCCGCCGUAGGAGGCAGUUCCUUAACCAGUAACAACCUCUACUCAUCCAGUGUGUACGGAUCAUCCGGGGUCCCCAAUGGUGGAUUCAACCCAUCGGCCAGUAAAGAUUUCGACUAUCAAGAUCUCAAGGGAUCUUCCAAUGGUGACUAUAGCCAGUACAAUGGAUAUGCUUCCCAAUCGAAACCUGUCAAUUCUGGUCUUUACAAUCGAGGACCAGCCACAUUUGGAAGCUCGGACAACAUUAUUUAUGGCACAAAUUCUGCCGGUAGUAGCGGCAGCAACGGCCUAAGCUCUCAGUCUGGCUAUCAGUCAACUCAAGGUGCCUAUCACACAUCCAACCCAAAUUUGUACAAAAAAGAAUUGAACGUCAAUGGUCCAGCAGCAAAUCAGAAUAACUUCGGCACGAACUACAACAAAUACAGCCAACAAUAUAAUGGUCAGUAUAGCAAUAGCCAGUUCAGCCACAAUCAACUCGGAGCUAACAGCCUCGGUUCCCACAACGCCCAAUACGGCGGGCUUGGAACAAACUCCAGAAAUGAAGAGUGUGUGUGUGUCCCGUACGAACAGUGCCCAGCCCAGGAUGUCGUUGGUCGACGAGACGAUCUAAUCCUGCCGUUAGACCCUCGCAAUUUCAAGACCGAUAUUGAAGCCGACAUUGAACGAGUUGUAAUCACUGAUGGCAACGGAACUAUGACCGUUGUACAUGUCCCGAAGAAUCAAACCGCUGAAGCUCGUUCGCUGAACGUAACUGAACCGGCUAAAAAGAUAACCAAACGUGAAGCUGCUGCUGACAAAAAGGCAGACAACAAUGAUGACAAAGCUAAAAUCGAACCGCGUUUAUUGGGAGGUGGCCAUCACGGUGGUGAAGGUGGAGGUGGAAAGAAAGUUGUUCCUACCUUUGGAGUGUCCUUCGGUCUCCCGUAUCCUUCGUAUCCCUUAAAUCCAUACGGUCCAAAUCCUGCCGGAAAUCCGUACUUUGGCUCAAUCGGUGCAAAUGGUUUGAACCUAGGGCUGGUCAAUGUAAAUCCUUUGUUUUCCUUGCAAGUUACCAAAGACGAGUAUGGUGACAAACUAUUGAAGCCUCUUGUCAACCUUCACGUUACGCCCACAGAAAACAUAGUUCAUAAAGUAGGAAGUCUUCUGGCUGCCAAAAAGCAAAACAUUUUGCAUGUUUUUAAUCAGCAUGACCACUACCAUAACCACCUCGGUUAUCCCCCACCCCCUCCAAUUUACCGUCCUCCUCAUGGCCCUCCACAUAUUCAUGGGCCACCACCAAGUUUCGGCCCAACUGGACCCAAUCUCAUUUUCACGAAACCUCCCGGACCCGUCUAUACUGGUCCAGGACCUAUCUACUCAAGACCUCCUGGUCCAAUCUAUUCAGGCCCUCCGGGCCCAAUCUAUUCAGGCCCUCCGGGCCCAAUCUAUUCGGGUCCUCCGGGUCCCGUGUACCCUGGUUCCCAAGGUCCUUUCGGCAAUCGACCUCCUGGUCCACCGUUUAUUCCCAACGGCCCAGGUCCUUCCCCUCCCUACUAUGGGCCCAGGCCACCUUUCUUCCGUGAUGCCACAUCUUCUUCUGACGCAGAACUUGAUUACAAUCCGAACGACAUUGGGAGAAAUGCUAACAUUACCUUCAAUCAGCGGGCUCCUCCGAUUGGUAACUUUGACUACCAAUCGGUGUACCCCCAGAAUCAACCAGACGGUUUAAACCAGAAUAGGGUAGACUAUGGCAAACAAUAUCAGAACUAUCAGAGUAGUAACGAUAGACUUCCACCCACUCAAACCAUUCCAACGCAGGCUCCAGGACAUUCCGAAGGUAGUAACAUCGUUAGCUUCCCGCGUAGUCGCCGUGCCACUGACGUUGCCGUUCCGGAUCGAUUGGAACCGGAGCAGUCGAACGUCGCAAGCGUUGGCUCCAAGGCACCAAACGAGCAGCUUGAGGUACAAGAAAAGUCUUUUUCAGCUGAAAAGCGCCAAGCAUACUAUGGUCCCCGACCCCAAGAAUGUCCACAACGUACCGUUUGCUGCCGCCGUCCGGCCUAUCGUCCACCACCAACCCACGGCAAGCUGGGCCAGUGCGGAGUCCGCAAUGCCCAAGGUAUUAACGGUCGCAUUAAAAAUCCCGUGUACGUCGAUGGAGACAGCGAAUUCGGUGAAUAUCCAUGGCAAGUCGCAAUUCUCAAGAAAGACCCGAAGGAGUCGGUUUACGUCUGUGGUGGAACUCUCAUUGAUAACCAGUAUAUCAUCACCGCUGCUCACUGCGUUAAAACUUACAACGGAUUCGAUCUUCGCGUACGACUCGGCGAAUGGGACGUCAAUCAUGACGUCGAAUUUUAUCCAUACAUCGAGCGUGAUGUCAUAUCGGUACAGAUUCACCCGGAAUACUACGCCGGAACACUAGAUAACGAUCUGGCCAUACUGAAAAUGGACUCGCCCGUUGACUUCUCCAAUACACCGCACAUUUCUCCGGCCUGUUUGCCCGAUAAAUACACCGACUUCUCCGGCCAGCGCUGUUGGACAACCGGAUGGGGUAAGGAUGCAUUCGGUGACUACGGCAAGUAUCAAAACAUUCUGAAGGAAGUCGACGUACCGAUCGUGAACGACCAUCAGUGUCAGAAUCAGUUGCGCCAGACGCGUCUUGGCUAUCAGUACAAACUUCACCCGGGUUUCAUCUGCGCUGGUGGUGAGGAAGGCAAGGACGCCUGCAAAGGUGAUGGCGGUGGUCCGCUUGUUUGCGAACGAAACGGUAGCUGGCAGGUUGUCGGAGUUGUUUCCUGGGGUAUUGGCUGUGGUAAGGCUAACGUGCCCGGAGUGUAUGUCAAAGUUGCCUACUAUCUGGACUGGCUCCAGCAGGUUCGUGGAAGGUACUAG